AUGGCGGCGGGGGAGACGCUCGGGGGGCCGAAGAACAUUCCCAGCUCCAAAGACACACGUUGCUCCUGUUUAACCCUGCAGAGCAACGUGAUCCAGGACAAAAAUGCAGCUGCUCAGAGAAUCUCAUCAGCCAGGCUCCACAAAAUCAAAGAGCUGAAGAACGAAGUAUUCGACUUGCAGAGGAAAAUAGAAGCCUCAAGCUUAGAAAACCACGCCCUGAGGCAGCUCCAGUGGAGACAGUCCAAAGCAAUAGGGAGGUACAAAAGCUCAGAGAGUUACUUUGAGGGUCUCUCAGCCAGACAUUAUGAUGAGGUGAGGAAUUUAAGGCAGCUCCUGAGGAUGUCCCAGGAAUCUGAGAGAAACACCUCCAAGGAGCUCAGGAAAGUUGAAGGGGAGCUGCUAAAAGUGAAAGAUGCUUUGCAGGCCUUGCUUGUGCUGUCAGAAGACAAAGGUCUUGCAGGGAGAGAGGAACUUCACCACAGGCUGUUGGUCCUCACUGAAAAACUGGAAGCAAAGGAUGAGGAAAUACAGAGUCUUGAAAUGCAGCUGAAGCUGAACAACAACACCUUUAAUCGUCAGCUGGCAAGUGAGAGCAAAAAAGCUCUGGAAGCUGGAAUAAUCACACAGAAUUUGAAAAUGGAAAUUAACUCCCUGCACCAAAAAAUUAAGGAAAAGGACAGGCAGCUUUAUAUAAAAAAUAUCUAUGCAAAUAGGAUGCCCAAAACCCUGAAGGACAGGAUUGAUUUGGUACCUCAGGAGCACAAAGUAAGUCUGAGUGUAAACAGAGCAGUACAAGUAGAUAAGAGUUUCAGAGCACUGCUGCUGUCACAGCACCAGGACACAGAAAAAAGCCCAAUCCAGCUCAUAAAGGAGAAAAAGUCUUCAGAAGACAAGGAUGAAGAAGCUGCAGCAAAUGAAGUGAACUCAGAUGCUCAGAGAACAGAAAAUCAGUCAACCAAGAAAACACCGGUGCCAAAAACUUCUAACAGAGCACACAGAGGAUUUAUGAAAGAAAAGGAAAAGACAGAAUUGCUCAAACGGGAGUUGAAAAACCUCAUGAAAACUGAACAAGGUCCUCAAAGUGAUGGUGUAAAACAACAAUCAAGAGGGAUGCAGUGGGAGAAUUUGAAAAGGGAAAAGCCAGAAGAACAGCAAAUUAACAGUGGGAAGGAAGGGAAUGAAGGUGCAAUUCCGAACAAAACACCCGCCAGGCCGAAAAAAAAAUACACAUUCUCAGAAGCCGUUGAGAAUUUGCAUCAGGGGCUUCACACGUCAGGUAGAAACCCCAAAGCAGGGAGCCAGGGACAGGCAGGGCAGGGCUGCACUGAAACAGCUGAAUCCAGAGGGAAAAAUUCCUUUGGGCUCUACGAGCCAUCCUUUGGUAAAGACACCAAGCCCUGGCAGGAGGAGGGAGCCGCCGGAGCGGAAGGACGUGCUCACAUGGCGUUUGCUGAGAGGAAAAAACAGCUUAUGAAAGAGCUCUUUGGAGCAGGAGCUGCUCAGAGAGACAACCCUUCGAGUUCCAACAUGAGAGGAACGAGGUGCAAGGAUGCAGGAUGAGACACAGGCCAAAUUCCAGACCUCCACGGCGAGUUCGUCACGGGAAGCGCCCGACGUGAACAAACUGCCGAGAACACACGAAGCAUUUCUGACAGUUAGACAGGUUAUAGCAACUUAUCUUCAGAAAACUUCAACUUCUAAAACGUAAAACUGUUAAAACUGUUAAAACCAAACGUUUUACCUUCAUUAAAUGUGUAUUAAAUCUUAA